AUGGCGGGGCGUCUAUUUCAGGGCGGAGGCGCGGCGCAGCGCGCACGCGGCGCCGGCCAGCCGCGGCCUUCGGGCCCACCGAUCACAAGCCGCAUUACGGCGCAUCACGUGCGCGUCUUGCACUCCUUGGCUGAGCGCCCACACCGCCCCGCCUUUCAUGUCCUAAGGGGCGGGGCGCCGGACCUCAGAGACGCGCCUCGCUCCUCCGGCUUGCUCUUCUGGAACCGCCCCCGCCUGCCACCCAUUGGCGACCACUGGCUUGUCCAGCAGCGCCAUCUCUCAGCUGCGUCUAGUCUGCAUCAGCAGCGCCGCCGCCGCCGCCACGACCACCACCAUCACCACCACCACCACCACCACCACCACGAAGAUGGAUGGAAGCACGUUGCUGCUAUAAUCAUACCGAUCCUCAUCCCAAAUAGCUUCUUCAGGUCCGCCAGCCGGCAGUGGUCGGAUAAAUCAUUAGGUGGGUGGCUGGAGGCAGAGGCUGAGGCAGGGUGUUUUUGUGCGGCUGCGGCGGCGGCGGCGGCCGCGCCGGGGUCAACGAUCAACGCCCGUGCCGGCCGGCCGGCCGCUGGCCCGCUUCCCACGGCCCCCACGCCCCCCGGCUGUGCGCGGCCCUGCUCUGCUCCGCUCUGGGUCAAGGUCGCUCCGUCGCGUGCGCCAAUCACACCGCGGCGCGGCGCCGACCACCACCUCGUUAUCGCCGUCGGCCACCGGCGGCCCACGCCCCACGGCGCCGCCCCCUAUCCACCGACCGCAGACCUGUCAACGGUCACCCAGCUUCUCUCUCGCCAAGUCUACAUUCAUCUCCGUCAGUACCCGAGCUCUGCAGAUCGCUGA